UGUCGAUUUAUGGACCCAGUUAGUGCUCUCUUCUUGCUUUGUGUGCGAUGUCGGGAUUCGCCGUGUUAUUUAAGUUGAUUAAAUAGUUAUUAAUAUAUGUAUUAAAUAAACAAAAUCACCCAAAGCAAACACACAAUCUCUUAAAAUAAAAAGGAGCGUAAUGUACUGGAAGGAAACUAAUUGGGUUCACACCCACUUUAUACAGGGUCGAAACAAAUUGCAGAAAUAUUCUCAAAAACUAUCAACGUUGACCAAUUAUUUUUAAUCGGCAUUUGAGCAUGAAUACUGUUCGUUAUCUCAAUAUAUUUCAUGUUCUUCCUUAAUCCUAAGCCAUAAAAAUAGUAAACGGCACCAUCCGCUAUGUAAAUAAGUUUGAACUGAAACUCGUUAUCAAUUACAAAGGGAAGAGGAACAAAUUUCGGAAAAUGGGAAGUGUUGAUUCAGGUUGAAAUGUGGGACCUGUUCUGCAAAUACCUAUGACUUUUAUGUUAAUGUCGAGUUCUAAUCAGUUUCAAAGUAUCGUAAUGGAGAAAAUAAGGAGACUGAUAUGGUGUAAUUUGGUUGUCUUGCACAUCUGUGUAAAGACUGGUUUAAGUGCAAAAUGUGGAAACAGCUGCUGUGUUAAUUUUUACCAAAUUUCGAGCGGCUCCUGCAUUGAGUGUCCCUUGGGGACUCAUGGAGUUAACUGCACGGGAAAAUGUGUCAGAGGGUUUUACGGAAAACUCUGUCAGUCACAUUGCGACUGUCCUGCUGAAAGUUGUAACGCAAGCUAUGGCUGUCUAAAGGGAAUUACUGAGGAAGGUAAAGGCAGCAUCAAUGAGUGGGUUGACUUCACGUAUGCUUUGAUAGGAUCCGUUACCACAGUUUCUAUGAGCCUAAUUUGUCUGCUGUUUUUUCUUAAGUCAUGGUUAUCAAAAACAAAUGUGUCAUCUACGGAAACAAAUCAGCUUUGUACAGAUCAGACUGAUAAUCCAGGAGAGCAUGACAAUGAAAGUCGCAGUUCAUCGUCAAAUGCGAAUGAACCUGUUCUGCAGAGAACACCAACUCAUAGCUACACAGGUCUGAGGUUUUCAAGAAUGCAGCCUCUUUAUGACAACUCAAAGGACUAUGAAAGUGUCCCGGAACAAGAUACACCAUCUGUUGAUUCUCUUCCAUCUCACAAACUUAGGAAUGAUGACGAUGGUGAAAGCAAAGGAGAUGGCAAAUAUGAAGGAUUGUUUAAAAAUAAAGCGUACAAUAUUCUCUCUCUCCGCAUACAUCCUCUUGACAAAGCAAAGACCCUGCGAUCAGUUGAUUCUUCAAUUAAUCUUUGGGACAAUAUGGACGGAAUGGAAGAUGAAUACGAAUCGAUCGAAGUGAAGGAGGAUAACAAGGAGGAAUGUGUGUCUGAGAGGAGGAUGGUUAAAAUUCAUCCCACUGGAAAAUACGUUUGUGGAGAAUAUUCAACAGAUGGAACUUUGAAAGAUUAUAUAGGAAAUGCUCAAAUGAAUAAAAAUUGUGACAUGAUAGUUGAUAAGGAGGCGAUAUCACAAAGUUUUAUCGCCCAUGAGCUUGAUUGUACCAAAAGUUUCUCUCCACGACCUUAUAGCUUAGCAAAUAGUAUCUGGCGUAAACAUCACACUUCUGAAAUGUCGAAACAACUUAGAAUAUCAGAUUAUGAAAAAGUUUUAACAUUACAGACAGGUGAAGAAAAUUUUGUAAAUGAUAGAAUAUUCUCAAAGACUGAUACGCAAAUUAUCACUGAAAGUUCUGCUGACCCAAUGAUGUCGGAAGUAUCAGGGAAUAAUGAAAAUAAAAAUCCACUAAAGCUCAAUAAAAACAAAGCAAUGAUUUUCAAGGAAGCAUAUGAAAAAAAGUAUUAAUUCAAAAAUGCAUAUAAAUCUCUUACAAGAGG